UGGGAGGGGUUGCCUAGCCAGCACCCCCGAUCUCCAUCUCAGGACUGGCAAGUCAUAACACUAGAUAUCCUGCAAUGUCCUGGCAGACAGGAACAUCGUUGAGACAAGUCCAAUGGCUCUAUUGAACAAGGACAACCAUAUCUACUCACUACUAGCGUGAUCAUGCAAUCGGUGAAACACAAAGGCCACAAUAAUUGCUACAAAACAUGGCUCAAUCAAACAAUGACGUCAUUGGUUGAACUCUCCCGGCGCAAAAAUUCUAAAACACGGCUAUAGUGCAUAAUUAUGUCUGAAACACCUCUCAUCACAAUUAUGUAAGGAGACUGGAAAAACACCCCAAAUAGACUAGUCUGGCCCUUGACACGUUAAGUUUAAUCUCGUGCUGUAGCUUGAUUAUCUUUGAAUGCAGCACAGAAUUAUUCUUAAAGUCAUUACUUAAUGUAUGUAGUUUAUAUACCAAUUCUGGGGUUUAUUCGACUAAUGGUUUAUGUUAGUGUUGUUUUCACGAUAUUUCACGUUGUUCGUCUGCAUAAUUUAAAUCUAACAAUAAUUUGCACAAGACAAAGUCCAUUUGAUCAAUAGUUAUUGCUCUUGUAUCCAAAAGUGUCAUUGGUGCCAAUGACAUCUAUAGUGCCACCAACUGGUCUGGUGCAGCCAUCUAAGGUUGCAGUGACUUUAUAUUCACACAGCUUCUAAGGACAAAUACAUAAGGUUUAUACAUCAAAUUUUACACACCAAAUUUCAUGCCCCAAUGUCCAUCGGCUCAGUGGUGUAGCGUGUCUGACUUUGAAUACAGCAGCUAAUCAAGUAAGUUUAUUAGAGGCUAAUUCAUUGAGUCUACUGUGUAUACCAAAUCUGGAGUCAAUCGGACUUAAUGGUUCAUGAGAAUACGCUUUUUAGCAUUAGUAUAUGUACUAACGUGCAUUUGCAGGUACAGUGACGCCAUAUAUGAAUGCAGCAAUUAAUAAUUCUCAAAACCAUUAAAGACGGAUGUAAUAAGUCUAAAUCCAACAUCUGGAGUGAAUCUGAUGUGUGGUUCAUGAGGAGAAGAUGAUUGCAGAUGAUUAUUGUCAAUAGCUCAGCCCUCUUUUGACAAAUCCCUUAGAUUUUCUCAACUAAGUUAAGACAUGUACCAUGGGCCUACAUUCAUAUGCUUCAUGAGAGGUAUUGUUUUGGCAUUUUUUUUAGCAUAUUAGCUUAUGUGCUAAUAUGCAUCUACUGGUAUAAUGUGGCCAUAUUUUAAUGCAUUUAUGUUAUUUUUUCAAACUCUUUAGGGACUUGUGAUGAGUCCAAAGAACACAUUUGGAGUGAAUCUUGACUUUUAGUUCAUGACAGGUAGAUUUUGUAUGAUUCAUUUAAGCAUUAGCGUUACAUUGUUUAAAAAAAAGUGAAUUCUUAAUAGUUAUGUUAUUUUUGAAGAUAUCAAUACCAAACUGUAUAUGGCUCAUCGUGGUAAUGGCUUUAAUGAACCUACAAUGUUUCAAGUAGAUAGGCCAUUGUGGAGCAGAUUUAUGAAGGAUUUAAAUGGACACAUGAAAUCGGAUUUCCUAAUUGUAUCUUUUAUUCAGCCAUCUCUUAACCAACCCCUUAGCUUUUCUCAAACUAAGUUAAGAGAUGUACCAUGGGCUUACCUACUGCAUUUGGUGUUAUUUAGAAAAUCAUUUUAAAAAGUUACCGAUCUGUGCUUGAGUUAUUUGACCAUAAAAAUAACACAAUAGGUGUCACAGCUUUUUAGUGAACCACAAAAAUAUUUCUCAUACUAUAUUACCUCAUUCCAUGUGUGUUUUUAUCUGGCUAUGUUGUGUUAUAUUGUGUUCCAUUGUGCUGUGUUAUGAUUUGUUAUAUUGUGUUGUGUUGUUGCCAUGUCAGCCAUGGAAAAGAACAACCUGAUGAGGCUUGCUCACACCAUACCUUUCACACCUGGCUCCAUAAUGGCGGGAGAGGAGGUGAGUGUCUACUCCCUGGAGGAGGUAGAAGCUGCAGGUGCGGAGUCCUCCGUAAUCUCCUGGUCGCCCCGGGGGCUGUCUGCAGUGCUGCAGCCGCUGUCCAGCGAGGGCUGUCUAGAUGGGGCCCUGCGCAGGGCCAUGCGCGUGUUGUGUACCUGGGCCGAGGGGGACAUCCUGAGUGUGGGCUGUGUGUACGUGGUCAAAGCCUUCCAGCCCAAGGUGAUCCGAACCUGGCAGAGGGUCUUCCACAGCGACACCCCCCUCCAACUCUGUCUGCGGGAGAUACAGCAACAGAGAGCUGCUCAGAAACUCAUGCACGUGUUCAACCAAGUCAAACCAGAAAACGUGCCCCUUUCUCCCAGGUUCCUGGAUGUGUCUCUUCUUCACUGUCACUCAGACGGACAGUGGUUGACCAUAGAGAGGAACAUGUUGGGUGACUUCAGGAAGUACAACAAUAACACCGGAGAGGAGAUCACCCCCUGUUGUGGAAUGGAGGAAACGCUCCUGGCCUUCUCCCACUGGACCUACCAAUACUCCUGUAGAGAACUACUGGUGCUGGACAUACAGGGAGUGGGGUCGGAGCUUACAGACCCAUCGGUCAUCCGAGCGGACGACAAAAGCUUGACUGGUGACAUGGUGUUUGGUCCUGCUAACCUGGGAGACACUGCCAUCCAGAGCUUUGUCCUCAAACACACCUGCAACUCCUGCUGCAAGAACCUCGGACUCUCAGAUUUGAAGAGGAGCACAGACAGCUGCGGGAAAACAGAACACAGAUCUUCUGAAGAGGAAAGUGGAGUGAUCGUGACCAGAGUGUAACCUCUGACUUGAAAGCAGAAGUCCGCCAUCCUAACCUCUGGUUCAGGUGGGAUGAAGUUGCCAUUAAAGCAUAAAGACACUGAUCAGUUUAGUUUCUUUCUCCCGAAAUGGUUAUGGAUAGGAAUAGGGAAGGCUUACUUGAUCCAGAGGUGUGCUUAAGGGAAACUUCUACCAUGAAUAAAAGCACUCACUUGGGGCUUUGAAUGGAUAGUGUACAUUGUAUAACGUCAUGUGGACUACCUCUUGUGUUAGAUGGCUGGUAGGGCUUUGGUUUUAAAAAGGAUUAACAUUGCAUUAGUCUCAACAGCAAGCCAGAUGCCGUAGUCUUGCAUUCGUUCCAGCUAUGGCGUGCAUAGUGGAGGGAGACCCAAGGCGAAUACAUUUUAUGUACAUACUCCCCGCCGUAUUUAUUUGGACAGUGAAGUGAAAUUUGGCUCUAUACUCCAGCAUUUUGGAUUUGAGAUCAAAUGUUUCAUACGAGGUGACGGUACAGAAUGUCACCUUUUAUUUGAGGGUAUUUUCAUACAUAUGUUUUACCGUUUAGAAAUUAAAGCACUUUAUGUAUCUAGUCCCCCAUUUGAAGUUGUCAUAAGCAUUUGGACAAAUUCACUUAAAGUGUAUUAAUGUAUUCAAAAGUUAGUAUUUGGUCCCAUAAUCCUAGCACGCAAUGACUAUAUCAGGCUUGUGACAAAACAGGAAACCGUCUUUAGAGACAGUGACCAAAUUGCUCUGGCUGGACUCAAGCAUUUCUUUAUGAAAUUAAAACAAAACUUGAUAAAAAAUUUUUUUUUUAACUAUUUAUUUAUCAGUCAUUGCACAUUAAAGCUUCAAUCUAGGAUUUUUUUUUCUUCAGCAAAACAGUCCCUCUCAAAUGUUUUUUUUUCUGUUUUCAAACACUCAUAUUUUCAUUUUUAUUUUUAGCAGUGCUGAAUGCUAAAAUGUAUUGUUAUGCUGCUGAUGUUCAAACUGGUUCCAUGAAAAAACCCGAUUCUUCUCAUCGAGCAUUGGCAUAAAUCGGUUGGCAUGGUUUAUGUAAAAUACUAAUACAAGAAUAACUCAACCUGAUCUCUUGGUGGUUGGAAUUCGCACAGCUCAGACUCAAACUAUUACAAGUAUAAUGGAUAGCAUAGAUUUUUUUAUACUGCUAUUAGUCCCUUCACAGUUCCCAUUGAAGAU